AUGGAUUCCACUACAGCGACAGCGGAGCUGGGCUGGACCCUCUACCCAGCACAGGGGUGGGAGGAAGUCAGUGGCUAUGAUGAAAACAUGAACACCAUCAGAACAUACCAGGUCUGCAACGUGUUUGACAGCAGUCAGAACAACUGGGUGCGCACCAAGUACAUCCGGCGCCGUGGAGCUCAGCGUAUCCACGUCCAGAUGAAGUUCUCGGUGCGGGACUGCAGCUCCAUCCCCAACGUCCCCGGCUCCUGCAAGGAGACCUUCAACCUCUAUUAUUAUGAAUCAGACUCUGACGUGGCCAGCAAAUCCUCUCCGCCCUGGAUGGAAAACCCCUGGGUCAAAGUGGACACCAUAGCUGCAGAUGAAAGCUUCUCCCAGGUUGACCUUGGGGGUCGCAUCAUGAAGAUCAACAGUGAAGUCCGAAGUUUUGGACCUGUUUCACGCAAUGGGUUCUACCUGGCUUUCCAGGACUACGGAGCCUGCAUGUCACUGAUCGCUGUUCGAGUCUUCUACAGGAAGUGUCCCCGUGUGGUGCAGAAUGGAGCUGUGUUCCCCGAAACUCUGUCCGGAGCAGAAAGCACCUCGCUGGUGGCAGCCAGAGGCGUCUGUGUUCCCAAUGGAGAGGAGGUGGACGUCCCCAUCAAGCUGUAUUGCAACGGGGACGGUGAGUGGAUGGUGCCCAUCGGACGCUGCAUGUGCAAAGCCGGGUACGAAGCAGUGGAGAACGGCACGCUGUGCAGAGCGUGUGAGUCAGGUUUCUUCAAGGCUGCUCAGGGAGACCACGGCUGUCAACAGUGUCCCAUCAACAGCCGGACCACCACUGAUGGAGCCACCAACUGUGUGUGUCGCACCGGUUACUACCGCUCCGACGCUGAUCCGCCACAGAUGCCUUGUACCACCGUCCCGUCAGCCCCACAAAGCGUCAUCUCCAUGGUGAACGAGACGUCUCUGCAGCUGGAGUGGAGCCCGCCUCAGGAAGCCGGGGGCCGGGAGGACGUCGUGUACAACAUCAUCUGUAAAAGCUGUGGCAGCGGCCGCGGCGGCUGCACCCGCUGCGGAGACAACGUGCAGUUCGUCCCCCGCCAGCUGGGAUUAACCGACGGUCGCGUGCACAUCAGCGACCUCCUGGCUCACACCCAGUACACCUUUGAGAUCCAGGCCGUGAACGGGGUGUCUGACCAGAGCCCCUACUCCCCGCAGUUCACCACCGUCAACAUCACCACCAAUCAGGCUGCUCCUUCAGCUGUGUCCAUCAUCCACCAGGUCAGCAGAAGUCCCAGCAGCAUCACCUUGUCCUGGUCCCAGCCGGAUCAGCCCAACGGAGUCAUCCUUGACUAUGAACUACGCUAUCAUGAGAAGAACCAGGCUGAGUGGAAUUCGUCUCUCACAAGAAGUCAGACCAACACUGCAGUUGUGCGAAGCUUAAGACCCGGAACCAUCUACAUCUUUCAGGUCCGGGCUCGGACUGUUGCCGGCUUUGGACGCUUCAGUGGCAAAAUGUAUUUCCAAACCAUGACUGAAGAGGAAUACAAAUCUAGUCUCCAGGAGAAGCUGCCCCUCAUCAUCGGAUCGUCUGUUGCGGGAGUGGUCUUCAUCAUUGCUGUCACCGUUAUCAUCAUCGUCUGUCGCAGCAAAAGAGGUUCAGAGCGCCAAGAGUCGGAGUACACAGACAAACUGCAGCACUACACCAGUGGCCACAUGUCUCCAGGAAUGAAGAUUUACAUUGACCCGUUCACCUAUGAAGACCCGAAUGAAGCAGUCAGAGAGUUCGCCAAAGAGAUUGAAAUUUCCUGCGUUAAGAUCGAGCAGGUGAUUGGUGCAGGUAAAGCUUCACAUCAUCAAAUUAAUAUCACUAAUCAAAGUUCUCUUUGGACACAUCGAGCUGAAUGGAUUUGUUUUCUCCUGUCAUCUGGCGAAGGCGAGUUUGGGGAGGUGUGUAGUGGAAACCUCCGGCAGCCGGGGAAGAGAGAGAUACUGGUGGCCAUUAAGACCCUGAAGGCUGGUUACACAGAACGCCAGAGGAGGGACUUCCUCAGCGAGGCCUCCAUCAUGGGUCAGUUUGACCACCCUAACAUAAUCCAUCUGGAGGGCGUGGUGACCAAGAGCAGCCCUGUGAUGAUUAUCACAGAGUUCAUGGAGAACGGAUCUCUGGACUCCUUCCUCAGGCAAAACGAUGGACAGUUCACUGUGAUCCAACUGGUGGGAAUGCUGCGCGGCAUUGCAGCAGGAAUGAAAUACCUGUGUGACAUGAACUACGUCCAUCGGGACCUGGCAGCGAGGAACAUCCUGGUCAACAGCAACCUGGUGUGCAAAGUGUCUGACUUUGGCCUGUCACGCUUCCUAGAAGACGACACGUCAGAUCCCACCUACACCAGUGCUCUGGGGGGGAAGAUUCCCAUCCGGUGGACCGCUCCUGAGGCCAUUCAGUAUAGGAAGUUCACCUCCUCCAGUGACUGCUGGAGUUACGGCAUCGUCAUGUGGGAGGUCAUGUCAUACGGAGAGAGGCCGUACUGGGACAUGAGUAACCAAGAUGUGAUUAACGCCAUCGAGCAGGACUACCGGUUACCUCCACCCAUGGACUGUCCCAGUGCGCUGCAUCAGCUGAUGCUUGACUGCUGGCAGAAAGACCGAAACAACCGGCCCAAAUUCAGCCAAAUCGUCAGCACCUUGGAUAAGAUGAUCCGAAAUCCCAACACUCUCAAGGCCAUGACCCCGCUGUCCUCAAGCGUUCACUUACCGCUGCUGGACCGCAGCACUCCGGACUUCUCCUCCUUCAGCACGGUGGACGAAUGGCUGGACGCCAUCAAAAUGGGCCAGUACAAAGAGAACUUCGCCAGUGAAGGUUUCAGCAGUUUUGAGGCGGUGUCCCAAAUGAGCAUGGAGGACAUCCUGCGGGCGGGGGUCACGCUGGCCGGCCACCAGAAGAAGAUCCUGAACAGCAUCCAGUCCAUGAGAGCCCAGAUGAACCAGAUCACCUCGGUGGAGGUUUGAGAUGAC